AUGUGCACUUUUGGUCUUGAGUUGUUCAAUGUGGUUUGGCUUCAUGUUGCUUAUAAUUUAGCAAUAAGAGUAACUUCUAACAGUUCUUCCCUUUCUUUUCAAUCUGUUGACCCUUGUUAA